AUGACCGGGCCGUCGUCCUCUUCCAACCCCAGCCAGGCUUUGCCGCCAGCCGUCGUGAUUUCGCCGGAAAAUGAGAAGAAACGCGUCGGUUUUGAUAGAAACUUCGCCGGCUUCAUUCGUCAUCGUCCGGCCACCAUUUCCGACGAUCCAGGUAUGGAUCUUGAACCUCUCGAGCUGUUCUUGCUUCCUGUUGUGUUAGAUUUGAGAUAUUUCUGCAUUUUGGAGAUCGAUUAA